GUCUGUAUUCACCUCCUCUUGCCCAGGAGGCAACGACAGAGCUGUGCUGCACGCUGGGUGGGCAGGCUGGUGGUUAGGCAUGUCUGGGGCCGCAGUGAGGCUGUGCCAAGAAAGAGCCACCACGGAUGGGCUCGGAUCCAACAGGAAUGCCAUCAAGUAUUUGAAGCAGGAUUAUGAAGCCCUGAAGCAGCAGUGCCUGCAGUCUGGCACCCUGUUCAAGGAUGAAGAAUUCCCAGCCUGUCCUUCUGCACUGGGCUACCGGGACCUGGGACCAUACUCCUUCAAAACUCAAGGGAUAAUCUGGAAGCGCCCCACGGAGUUGUGUGCCAACCCUCAGUUUAUAGUUGGAGGAGCUACUAGAACAGAUGUCUGCCAAGGAGAGCUGGGUGAUUGCUGGCUCCUAGCUGCCAUUGCAUCUCUCACUUUGAAUCCAGAUGUUUUGUACCGUGUUGUUCCCAAGGCUCAGAGUUUCCAGGAGGACUAUGCCGGGAUCUUUCAUUUCCAGUUCUGGCAGUAUGGGGAGUGGGUGGACGUCGUGGUGGAUGACAGACUGCCCACCAAGAACGGGAAGCUGCUCUUCGUGCACUCAGAGGAAAGCAAUGAGUUCUGGAGCGCGCUUCUGGAGAAGGCCUAUGCCAAGUUGAAUGGCUCUUAUGAAGCUCUCACAGGAGGGUCCACUAUAGAGGGCUUUGAAGAUUUUACUGGAGGCAUCUCUGAGUCUUAUGAGUUGCGGAAGGCUCCUUCGAACCUGUACCAGAUCAUCCGGAAGGCUCUGAGAGCUGGGUCGUUGCUUGGCUGUUCUAUUGAUAUAACUACUGCAGCUGAUGUAGAAGCAAUCACAAGUCUGAAGCUAGUAAAGGGACACGCUUACUCUGUCACUGGAGCAGAAGAGGUAUAUUACCGAGGACAGCCAGAGAAACUAGUGAGGCUUAGAAAUCCGUGGGGUGAAGUGGAGUGGACUGGAGCUUGGAGUGAUAACGCUCCUGAAUGGAAUUUUGUUGAUCCCAAACAAAAACAUGCACUGGAUAAGCAAGUAGAUGAUGGAGAGUUUUGGAUGGCAUUUUCGGAUUUUCAAAGGCAGUUCACUCGCCUUGAGAUCUGCAACUUGACUCCUGACACAUUGACAAGCAAUAAGGUCAAUAAAUGGGACCUGACUCUGUUCAACGGACAGUGGAGACGGGGUUCGACUGCUGGCGGCUGCCAGAACUACCAAGCAACAUACUGGACCAAUCCCCAGUUUAAAAUCCGAUUGGAUGAACCAGAUGAUGACCAUGAAGGAAGUUUGAAUGAGCCGUGCUGUACUAUACUGGUGGGCUUGAUGCAGAAGAACCGCAGGAGACAGAAGAAAAUGGGAGAAGCUUUACUUAGUAUUGGUUAUUCACUCUAUCAGAUUCCUACAGAGCUGGAAAAUAUCACAGACAUUCAUGUGAACCGUGCUUUCUUCGCAAGGAAUCAGUCAGUAGCACGGUCUGAUCCUUAUGUCAACCUGCGCGAAGUCUCCAGCCGCAUGAAGUUGCCCCGGGGAGAGUACCUCAUUGUGCCAUCCACUUUCGAGCCGUACAAAAAUGGAGAGUUCUGCCUACGAGUUUUUUCUGAGAAAAAGGCUAAAAUGCAAAUUAUUGGUGAUGUGAUAGCUGCAAACCCAUAUGAGCCUCAUGUCAGUAACAAAGAUAUAGAUGAUGAGUUCAAGACUCUGUUUGAAAAACUCUCUGGAGAGGACUGUGAAGUGACUGCAAAUGAACUUCAAACCAUCCUAAACCGGGUUUUGUCAAAGAGAAAGGAUGUUAAGAGUGAUGGAUUCAACAUUAACACUUGCAGGGAGAUGAUCAGCCUUUUAGAUAUCAAUGGGACCGGCACCUUGGGACUUAUAGAAUUCAAGAUACUUUGGAUGAAGAUUCAAAAGUAUUUGGCGAUCUAUAAGAAAGUGGACAGUGAUUACUCUGGUACCAUCGACUCCCAUGAGAUGCGAAAUGCCCUCAGAGAGGCAGGUUUCACACUCAAUAAUCAGGUGCAGCACAGCAUUGUCAUCCGCUACGCCUGCAGCAAGCUGACCAUUGAUUUUGAUGGCUUUGUGGCCUGCAUGAUUCACUUGGAGACCCUGUUCAAAGUCUUUCAUCUUCUGGACAAAGACAAGAGUGGAAUCAUCCAGCUCUCUCUGGCUGAGUGGCUGUGCUGCACGCUGGUUUGAACCACCGUCAAUGAAUUCAGCGGAGACCUCUGAGGCUCAUCUGAGCAUGGAUGCACUCGGCUUCUCCGUGUUAUGAAAAGCAGAGAAAGAAAUUUGUUUUUUAUUACUGGCAAAUUAUUUUAAGCCCACUAAAAAUGAAGUGAUCUCUUGUCGGUUAGAAAAUAAACAUACUCUUGAACAAAAAAAGAUAAACAAACAAAUAAAACAAAUAAACAAACCCAAACCUUUACUUUUCCUGCCAAUAUAGUAUUUCUGUGAUUCAUGCUGAAAUGUCACAAAUGUUGACAUACAUACAUGGGCCCAAGUGGCUUUGUUUUGACUUCUGAUUGUGCAUCAAAGUUCAUCAUCAUUGUUCAUCAAGUUCAAAGCAUCAUCCCUGCAAGGGAUCUCCGUUGCCUGCAAAGUUCAGUAUGUGUUUCACAAAGAGAAACCUGUGCUCAGAGCCCAGGCAAAAUUUGCUUGCCGCUCUGGCUAUCCCCCUUCUGAGACAAUUGUCCACUUUGGCUAUGCCAAGUACCUGCAGAAGCUGGAGUGAGGAGCUCAAAUGCAGAUGAUGAGCCACUGAAAGCACAGGGGAAUUGGGCAUGGACACAGGCACAAGGAUGAACAGAGAAUUAGGCAAUGAUGAUGACACUCCUCCACAAGACUUGGCUCACUUUUCCAGGAAGAGGAGCAGGGAUGGAAAGCCACAGGCAAGUUGCUGCAGUUAUUUCAGCCGAGCCUUGCUGCUUUGAAUGCUUGUCCAUAUGUGUACUUCAUUGCUCAGAGGUGAGGUUUGCAGUUUUUUGAGGUGAGAGACUGAAGCCCAGAAGCUCAUGAAGGCAAGUGCUAAGGGAGAAACAUAAAACGCUCGUGUUCGUGGUC